AUGCUUUCGCAAGCUUCGUGUGCGAGGGCUCGAGUACGGCAUCCAGUAUUAAAAUCAUAUGCUGAGAUUUCGAGGUUCAUCCGGAAUGGACCCCGUCGUCAGGGCCAAAUAUCAAAUCACGCCCAAUCUGUGUCUAAAUUAUGCACUGCGCAAAUACGUUCUUUCUCCUCCUUAAAACCCUUCAGAGAUACCACUGGGACUCAGCCGCUGCCUCAAUUUCUAGAAGAAUACAAAUCAUCAAUCAGAUUUCCACCCCCAACUUGUUCAAUAGCAUCACUAAAAGAUGCCAAAGUUGGCGAAACGGUAGUUCUACACGGGUACUUGGGAAGCAAUAGGAAAGAUAUGGCGAAAGGCUUGACUUUUGCUCAGCUUCUGAGCAACGACAUGGCGACUUGCGUUCAAAUCAUUUCAUUGGGCAAGGAUGAGAAUGGAAAUGAGAAAGAGAGCCACGCAAAAUUGAAAACACUGAAUUCCCAUUCUCCCGUUAUCAUUGGAGGUAUUUUGAAGGAGCGGAUCCCCCCCAAAGACAAACCGGACACUGGCGUUGAGCUCAUCACCAAUGUUGAAGUCAAUAUUGACGACGUCCAACUCCUCAACACGAUGCCUAAUGCGCUUGUUACCGGACAGACCGCAUUUCCUCCCGAACAGCGCCAUCUUCAGAUACGAAUGGGGGAUGACAUCCGUAAGGCCUUGGCAUUUCGGGCUAAGGUUGCUCAACUUUGCAGGCAAAGCCUCAUAGAGUCCGGCUUCUUGGAGAUCGAGACCCCACUCCUGUUCAAAUCGACGCCAGAAGGAGCUCGGGAGUUUCUUGUGCCUACGAGGGCGAAAGGCUUAGCAUAUGCUCUGCCGCAGAGUCCGCAACAAUACAAGCAAAUCCUCAUGGCCAGCGGCAUACCCAAGUACUUCCAGGUUGCCCGUUGCUUCCGGGACGAAGAUCUGCGGGCUGAUAGGCAACCGGAAUUCACACAGCUUGAUCUAGAAAUGUCUUUUGUGACUGGCGAAGAUGUGAUGCAGCAAAUCGAAGGGCUCAUAAAACAUCUGUGGAAGGAAAUGCUUGGCUGGACGAGCCAAGAUGAAUUUGCUCGUAUGUCUUACCAUGACGCUAUGGCGCAAUAUGGGUCAGAUAAGCCAGAUCUGAGACUUGGAAUGAAGAUUCAUCGAAUCGAGUAUCUCCUUCCAGCUGAUUUGAUCCUUAACAUUGGUCCAUUGCACGAUCCGAUUGUUGAGGGGAUCAAGCUGAGCGUAUCGGAUGAUGCUCGCCAGACGCAGAAGUUUAUCACAAACUUCAUGGACAGUCCAGAUGCAGCACCCUUCCUGAACAACCCAGAAGGCAAGCCUGGAGUCUUCGUUUACAAUACGAAGAAGCCUCUUUCAGGGCUGCAUGCGUUUGGAUUCGAGGGUGCUGAGCAAGUCGAAGAAAUGCUGGACCUCGAGCAAGGCGACCUAGUGGUCAUCCAGGCGCGUAAAAAUGCGCCAUUCUCUGGUGGAUCUACACCUCUCGGGAACUUGCGAUUAGCUCUCCACAAAGCAGCGAGGAACCUAGGAAUGAUCGAACAACCGCGAGACUUCAAGUUCCUCUGGAUCACUAAUUUCCCGCUUUUUUCGCCUAGCAACGACACAGACCCCGGCCAAGGUGGUGCAGCCGGACUAUCCGCCACACACCACCCCUUCACAGCACCCAAAACGCCUGAAGACGUCGAUCUUCUGCUGACAGAUCCACCAGCAGUCAUAGCUGAGCAUUACGAUAUUGUUGUCAAUGGCGUCGAGCUCGGCGGAGGUAGCCGGCGUAUCCAUGAUGCCAAAGUGCAGGAGUACGUUCUGCGUGACAUCCUCAAGAUGAGUGAGGAGCGUCUCCAGGAUUUCAAGCACCUAAUCCACGUUCUGAAUGCUGGAUGCCCGCCACACGCUGGAAUAGCUCUGGGAUUCGAUCGCCUCAUUGCGGUAAUGAUGGGUAAAGAGUCGGUUCGAGACGUUAUCGCCUUCCCGAAGAGUGGCAAAGGCGAGGAUAUGCUUGUGAAGUCACCAAAUGCGGUCACCAAGGAGCAGCUUGAUACUUAUCAUCUGCAACUCAAAGAGUGA